AUGGCGUUAGCAAAGAAUGCUAAUGUAGCUAGCACCGUAUCGCCUGACUAUGGCGAAACAUUUUCGUUCUCCAUUUGUUUUGAAAUAAACGUAAAGAAAUAUUGUGUGCGUCGUUGUUGCGCUGAAAGUCGGAAGAGCGCCCAGGAAAUAGUUGAGAAGAUAUUGUUAAGAAUUCAAUUUAUGUUUCGAGGGAUCGCAUUAUUUCUGUGGUUUUCGAAGGCAAUUCCUGCUUACGCGAUCUACAUGAUUUCAAUUGACGUGGAAUUGACAUGUGUUAAUCGUGCUGACGACAUGUGA